CAGCCUGCUCACAGAGAUAAAAGAACGGAUUGGGGCGGGGGGCUGACAGGGACGAGAAAGAGAAUUCCUCAAUGCUCCUCCCCACUCCUGAACUACGAUCCGGGAUCUAUUUCGUGAGGGGAGGGCGGAGCGACAAUGAUCUCACGGUAGUUAACUGCAGCUGCGCACACUCGUAUUUCCGUCUCCGCCCCGAGAUCCAGCGGCACAAUCUGUCAUGGCGGCCGGACUGUUGAGAUUGUGUACUCACCGCCUUUUGGCGGCCGCGACGACUCGCGGCCUCCCUGCUGCUCGAGUGCGUUGGGAAUCCGGCUCCUCCCGGGCUGUGGUUGCCCAGACUGUUGUGGCGGGAAAACGGGCGCCAGAACCGGCCGCCCAGUGGCUGGAGGAUCCCGAACCGGAGGACGAGAAUGUCUAUGAGAAGAACCCAGACUAUCAUGGUUAUGAUGAGAACCCUGCUGUGGACCUCUGGAACAUGCGGGUUGUUUUCUUCUUUGGCAUGUCGAUUGUCCUGAUCUUGGGCACCACCUUUGUGGCUUAUAUGCCUGACUACGGGAUGCAUGAGUGGGCCCGCCGAGAAGCUGAGAGGCUGGUGAAGUACCGAGAGGCCAAUGGCCUCCCGAUCAUGGAGUCCAACUACUUUGACCCCAGUAAGAUCCAGCUGCCAGAGGAUGAGGACUAAUCUGUUGUUGAAUGGAGUUUAGAACGUCUACCUUUCUCCUCAUAAUAUCUAAUUAAAGCACUUGAAAGUU